UCUCAAAUUGUGUAACAAUGUGUAGGGCUCCGUACAGCUCCGUAUUUACAUGAUUGGUGGACGGUAGGUGAGAGCGGGAGGUCCUGUAUAAACGCAAACUCACUUCCUUGACAACAUCUCUGCGCUGCUCCGCGAAGCGCAAGAACCAUGUAUGCCAUGACUUCUGUAGAGGCUAUCACCGUACGGCAAACGCUGCACGACCAAUGCAGACUAUAGGUUGACCAUACAGCGCCUUUAAUAGUCGUGGACGGGGAUCGAAGCUGCAUGAUUGAAUGCGAGUUGCUGAUGCUGCGUUGCACAACAAAAUCGCAAACAAGAAGGGAGACCGAGGACUUGGCAUAUAGUUACGUUGUUGUUUCUGUUUGCUAUCAGAACACAAUCUCAUUUUGUUCCUGAAAGUCGCAUUUUGAAAUUAAACCGGCAUCUCAGUCGCAUGAAUUAGCCAAAUGCGGCUCGCAUCCUAUCACACUCUCCCUUUCAGCUCCAGCUCAGCAUCCAUAUUUUUUGUGCAUCCCUGUGUUGGUGUAUAGGGAGUGGCAACCUUCUGAUAAAUCAACCGAUCAGCGCACCCCUCUCCUCUGGGAAAAACAAAUAUGUUUAUGCGUAAAUUGUACAUUUAAAGAGAGAUGUUUGUUUCUGUCGUCGCGAUGCGUGAAGAAACCGGGUGGCUGUACCAACUCUGAUAACGUAUCCCGGGUGAGCAUUGUUUCCGUGAAACAGAGAAUGUUACAAUCUCUGAUGUUUCUCUGGAAGGCAACCCUUGCUCGAAUUUCAUCUACCUUGUUGUCAAGAGACUGGACAUUGGCGAGUAGUAUACUCGGGAGUGGUGGGCGGUGUGCCCGUCUACAGAGCCUGACCAGAAGACCGCUCUGUCUGCCCCUUCUACGGCGCCGUUGUUUUGGGUCGCCUAUUGGGAUCCGAUCCAUUGUCCUGGAUGGUGGUCCAAACAGAGGAUCCACUUCGGGAAAGUAAUUUUCCUGGUUGUAAUGUUGCUAAAAUGGAGAGAGAUUGCCACCAUUCCGAUUUCUAGUGCCUCAAACCGAAAGCCUUGAUAGGGACUUUCUCAUCCCUGCACAUCUCCCCUGUACAUGAUGAACAUGCUGAAGUCCAGUGGACUGAAGAUCCCUGGCAGGGGCCCAAAGCACUCCCCUGGCCCCGUGGGACGAACCUCUGCUGGGGGAUCUGCUUCCGGCACUGUGGGCCAUAAAGACAACUCCCCACACAAGCAGACCUCCCCACUCCCCAGCAGCAAUGCCUCGGAGAAGUCGUGCUCCAAAACAUCCGAGGUGGGGGACGAUGUCCUGGGGGACUACGUAGUUGGCGAACGUGUCUGGGUCAACGGGGUCAAACCGGGCGUCAUCGCCUACCUGGGCGAGACCCAGUUCGCCCCGGGACAGUGGGCUGGGGUGGUCCUCAACGACCUGUUGGGCAAAAAUGACGGCUCUGUGGGCGGCGUACGCUACUUUGAGUGCCAGCCACACCAGGGCAUCUUCACGCGCCCCUCCAAGCUCACCAGGCAACCGGUGGGCGAAGGGAGCGAAGGCCACUCUGCUGAUUCCCUGACGGCUCAGAACCUGACGCUCCAUGGCGUCAACGGGGCUUCGCCCGCUGGUCAGCGCGUGGUUAUGCCACUCAGGGAAGGCAUGCUCAACAGUUCGGUGAAGACGGGUAACGAGUCAGGUUCCAACAUGUCCGACAGCGGCUCGGUCAAGAAAGGCGGGGAUAAGGACCUUCGAGUGGGAGACCGCGUGCUGGUGGGGGGCACUAAGACAGGAGUGGUGCGCUACGUGGGGGAGACUGACUUUGCCAAGGGUGAGUGGUGCGGCGUGGAGUUGGAUGAGCCCCUGGGGAAGAAUGACGGUGCGGUGGCUGGAACCAGGUACUUCCAGUGUCCGCCCAGGUUUGGACUGUUUGCCCCCAUCCACAAGGUGAUCCGUAUCGGUUUCCCCUCCACCAGCCCGGCCAAGGCCAAGAAGAGCAAGCGCAUGGCCAUGGGGGUGUCAUCCUUGGCCCACAGCCCCAGCAGCUCAUCCAUCAGCUCUGUUAGCUCUGUGGCUUCCUCAGUGGGCGGGCGGCCCAGUCGAACUGGCCUGCUCACAGAGACGUCGUCACGGUAUGCCCGCAAAAUUUCAGGCACUACUGCGCUGCAGGAGGCACUGAAAGAGAAACAGCAGCACAUCGAGCAGCUGCUGGCCGAGAGGGACCUGGAACGGGCUGAGGUGGCAAAAGCCACCAGCCACAUCUGUGAGGUGGAGAAGGAGCUCAGUGUCCUCAAGGCCCAGCACCUGCAGUAUGUCACCGAGACUGAAAGCAACCUCCAGCAAGUCAAAACUCUGUUGGCAAGCACUCAGAAGGACAAAGUAGAGCUGGCCAAUCAGCUUGAAGAAGAGAAAAGGAAAGUGGAAGACCUUCAGUUCAGAGUGGAGGAAGAGUCAAUCACCAAAGGAGACCUUGAGACUCAGACGAAAUUGGAGCAUGCCCGUUUUCAGCAGCUUGAGCAGAAUCUGUUCCUCGAAAAGUCGAGAGCAGAAAAGCUUCAGAAAGAAUUAGAGGGAAGACGCAGACUUGAUGCAGCACCCUUGAGGUUGGGUAAGAGAACCAAGCAAAGCACAGUUGAGGAGCAGAGCCGCGUCAUGCAGCUGGAGGAUGAACUGGCUCUGCGUCGGGCCGAGAUCGAGGAGCUCCAGGUCCGGCUCCGGGAUGCGACCAAGGACGGGGACUCCACCCAGGGGCCGGUGGCCCAGUCGGAAACCAUUCUGCUCCGGGAGCAGCUCCUGACGGCAGGCCGGGAGCACCACAAGGAGAGCAGCCAGCUGAGGGAGAAGUACGAGGCUGCAGUGGCAACGGGCCAGGAGGAGACAGACAAACUGAAAGCCACGGUGGACAAACAGAGCCAGGAGAUCAUUGAGCUGAAGCAGAAAGUCCAGCAGGCCUCUACAGAGAACAUGGAGAUGAUGGACAACUGGAAGGUCAAGCUGGACACCCUGGUCAAUGACCACCAGCGUUCCCUUGAGGACCUGAAGGCCUCGCUGUCCAGCGGCUCGGCCAAAGGCCAGGAGCAGGAGCCCCAGGAGCUGAGGACCACACUGGAGAGCCUGCGCAUGGAGCACCAGCUGGAGCUGGAGAAUCUCAAGGCCAGGCAUGAGAUCGAGGCAGCAAUGCUGGCCAAGGAGCGUGACGAUCUGCGCUCACGCCUGCAGGAUGCCAAGGACCAGCUGGUCGAGAACAGCCAGAACUGGAAUAGCCAGGCCCAGACGAAGGCCAGGAGUGACCAGCAGGCCCUGGAGCUGAGGGAGGUCUGGGAGAAGUUCCAGAAGGCCCAGCUGAGGGUGGGCGAGCUGGAGAGGCUGCAGGGCGAGCAGGACGGCGUCCGAGACAAGCUCCAGGAGCGCUUGGAGCUGGCUGAGAAGAAGAUGGUGGACUACAAGGCCCUGCAGAAGGCCGAGGCCCAGAGUAGACAGGAGCUCUGCAGCCUGGAGGAGAAGCUGAGGGUGACUGAGAACCGACUGCAGGCGGUGCAGGAUGACCACCACAUGCCACAGGAUGCCAACGUUAUAGAAAAUAAUGACAUCUUGGAGGAAAAGAUGAAGCUGAAACAGAAUGUUGAAGAAACUAUGGAGAAUCUGACCAAAAGAGAAAGAGAGGUCUCUACUCUCACAUCACAUGUCGAUGCCCUCAAAUCACAGAUAACUGCCUUGGAGGGCAAAGUUCGCUUGGGUGAGAAGAAGGGCGAUGCCCUGGUCAAGGAGAAGAUGCGCCUGGAGGCCGACCUUGAGUGCAUGACCAAGAAGUCCCAUGAUGCAUCGGGACAGCUGGUUGUCAUUAGCCAGGAGCUACUGAAGAAGGAGAGGAGUCUGAACGAGUUAAGGGUGUUACUGCUGGAUUCCCCUCGCCACUCGCCCGGCCUGGACCGAGACCUGAGCCGAGAGGUGCACAAGGCUGAGUGGAGGGUGAAGGAGCAAAAACUCCAGGAUGACAUCAAGACCCUGAGAGACAAACUGCUCCUGCUGGGCAGGGAGAGAGGCUCGCCCCCAGAUCACAGGCGCUACUCUAUGCUGGACCCGUCGACCCUGGACUCGGAGGUGACACUUCUGCGCCAGCGGCUCAUGAGCACAGAGGAGGCUCUGAGGGGAGUACUGGAGCACAACCAGGAAGUGGACCAGCUGGUGCAGGCCAUGCGCACGCACCCAGACAAGAGCGAGGUGCAUGGUGGUGCAAAUUCAGCCAAUGGAAUUCAUCAACAGAAUCCUUCCUUUACUCAAGAUGAACAACGCUGAUAUAGGAGAAGAAGAGCUCAUUGAAUUGGGGAAAUACAGAGGUACAUUUUAAAAGAAGAAGUCAAUACGACUUGGGACUAGCACGCCACUGGACUCCAGACAACAUUUCCUGUUUACAGUUACUACCAAAACAAUGUCUCUCUAUCUCAAUAUGUACAUUCAUCUGUUGCAAAAAAGAAAAACACCCAUUAGCCAAACUUAAAACAGCUUGAAGAUACUGUAAAAUGGUUGACAGAGGUGAAGAAUUAUAGGUAUGACUUUUGAAAACUGAUACAUACCAUGCCUACAUACCCAAGGAUGGUAUUGGACAUUUGGGCAUGAGAUAACCUUUUAUCUUAGUUUAUUAGAGAUCGUGACCCUAUGAGCCAUGAAGGAUGAAUUGUGACUCCAGAGAAUAAAAUGACUCUGGUGUCUGAUUGAAAACAAAGAUUAAGAAUUUGGCCUCAAUCCAUCACUUUUUGUUUUAUUUAUUUGCCACACUUAUAUUUUUAAAUCCUUCUUCGAUUACUGUAGCUGAUUUGACCAGUGACGUUCAAUUUGCUUCAUAGCGAACAUGCUCUGUAGUGAACAUGUGAAUGAAACGGGGAUGCUGCUGGAUUUAAGAUGAUGUUGUAUCUACAUAUGAAUAUAGCUGCAUUAUCUGAAACCUGUGCAUACUGUAAAAGUGUAUUUAGUCGACUGAACCAAUGCAACUUGGUGCUGUAUGUGCACCAAAUAGCUAUCAGUUUAAUGGUUUACUCAUUUGAACUAAGUAAUCCUUAAUUCCACUGUGGCUUUACUGGCUAGUGGGAAACCAUACCACUUUGUAGUGUUUUCAUAUACGUGAGGGGAAAAAAAAUGAAAAAAGAAAGUCUUAACUUCCUAUUGUUGAUCAUUUAUCUAAAGAAAGUUCAACCUAGAUCAAUGCCUUGGGAUCACUUUGUCCUUUGAUUCGAGUAGGCCACUCAACGGCUGUUUGGAGCACAAUGCAAACAACGGAACAUUCAAAGCUUGUGUACCAAAUGGCACUCUAUGACCUAUAUAGUGCACUACUUUUGACCAGAAAAGUAGUGAACUAUAUAGGGAAUAGAGUGCCAUUAGGGAUGGAGGCCUACUGUAACUGCUUCCUCCAUUCUGGAUGAUCCCUCCCUUCUGGAUGUAAUCACAAUGUACAGAAUUGAUACGUUACGGUCUUCCAAAUGUUAUUAUCUCCAUUGAACAAGCCAACAGGGAGAUUCUAAAUGCAGUCCAUUACUGUAUUCUUGGGAGAUUAGUUGAUAUUCUGGCUGCGUCUCGAAUGGCACCCUAAUUUCCUAUGUACAGUGAGCUCCAAAAGUAUUGGGACAGUGACAAAUGUUUUGUUGUUUUGGCUCUAUACUCCAGCACUUUGGAUUUGAAAUGAUACAAUAACUAUGAGAUUAAAGUGAAGACUGUCAGCUUUAAUUUGAUGGUAUUUUUCUUUCCUUAUCGGGUGAACCAUUUAGAAAUUACAGCACCUUUUGUACAUAGUCCCCACAUUUUAGGUGACCUUAGGUAUUGGGACAAAUUCACUUAUGUGCAUUAAAGUAGUAAAAAGUUAAGUAUUAUCGCAGUGCUAGAGGCGUCACUACAGAUCCGGGUUCGAUCCCGGGCUGUAUCACAACCGGCCGUGAUCGGGAGUCCCAUAGGGUGAUGCAAAUACAACAACAACAAAAAAUUAUAAGAAUAAUAUUAAUAAUAAGUUCAGUAUUUGGUCCCAUAUUCAUAGCAUGCAAUGACUACAUCAAGCUUGUGAAUCUACAAAUUUGUUAGAUGCAUUUGCUGUUUUAUUUUGGUUGUGUUUCAGAUUGUAUUGUGUCAUUUUGGAGUCAAUUUUAUUGUAAAUAAGAAUAGAAUAUGUUUCUAAACACUUCUGCAUGAAUAUGGAAUAGCUAAUCCUGAAUGAGUUGUGAAUAAUGAUGAGUGAUAAAGUUAAACGUACAAAUAUCAUACCCCCAAGACAUGCUAACGUCUCACCAUUACAAUAACAGGGGAGGUUAGCAUUUUAUAUCAUAUCCCCAAGACAUGCUAACCUCUCACCAUUACAAUAACAGGGGAGGUUAGCAUUUUAUAUCAUACCUCCAAGACAUGCUAACCUCUCCCCAUUACAAUAACAGGGCCGGUUAGCAUUUUUGGGAGGUAUGAUAUUUAUGCUUCUGUAACUUUUUCCCUCAUCAUUAUUCAUGAAUCAAUCAGGAUGAUCCGUAAUCAUGGUAGCAUCCAGAUUAGUGUAGAAGUGUUAAGAAACAUAUUCUAUUCUUAUUUACAAUAAAAAUGACAAUACAUUAUCUAACAUUAAUUUCUAUUGGGCACAAAAUAAUCUGAAACACAACUAAAACAAACAGCAAAUGGAUCCAACAAAUGUAUAGAGUCGCAAGCUUGAUGUAGUGAUCGCAUGCUAUGAAUAUGGGACCAAAUACUAAACUUUUGACUACAUUAAUACACAUAUAGGUCAAUUUGUCCCAAUUAUUUUGGUCCCCUAAAAAUCAGGGUUCUAUGUACAAAAAGUGAUGCAAUUUAUAAAAGGUUCACCCGAUAUGGAUGCAAAUACCUUCAAAUUAAAGCUGACAGUCUGCCCUCAAACCCGUAGACAUUGUAUAAAUUCAAAUCCAAAGUGCUGGAGUACAGAUCCAAAACAACAACAAAAAAUUGUCACUGUCCCAAUACUUUUGGAGCUCACUGUGUAUUGUGCACUACUUUUGACCAGGGCUCUACCCCUGGUCUAAAGUAGUGCACCAUUUUGAAUGCAGACUCUGUCUUUGGGAGAACAUUAUUUUGAUGUGACUAAUGUGGAAUGUAAGACUUGGGGAUUGACAUUUCAUGGGCAAAGUGUAGGGCUGGCCUCUGGUCAGUGAAACUGAAGCUACAAAUUGUCAUUGGAUAUUGUAUAUGGCCUUUUUCAGAAAGGAAACACUUCGUACCCUUAAUGCUGUAAUGAUUUCUGAGAUUGAGUCAUUAAAUGUUAACAAUGUG